AUGAAAACAUUAGGAUGGAACUGUCGAGGCAUCUGCAACGCCUCGACAGUUCAAGUCUUAAAGUCUCAAAUAAAAGGGUCCAAACCCGAUAUAGUGUUCUUGUGUGAAACUAAAGCUAAUUUGGUUCGUAUGGAUUUUGUUAAAAGUUCUAUUGGUUUUGAUGAAAGCAUUGUGGUUGAGUCUAAGGGCUCUGCUGGAGGUUUAUGUCUGAUGUGGAAGGCAAGAAUCUCUGCCCAUUGUAUUGAGUUCAAUAAAAAUCUGAUUGCCAUUAGAGUUUCUGACCCAAUAUGUGACUGGAUAAUGGUUGGUUUCUAUGGCCCUCCCUACCCAACCAAGAAAAAGAAAGCCUGGGAAAAUCUCUCUGCUCUCCUUAACUCCUUCCAAGGCCCUUGGAUAUGUCUAGGAGAUUUUAAUUUCAUCAUCAAUGAGAAUGAAUCAUCCAAUAAAAAAAGCGGUGAAUCGUUAGCUCCAAACUAUCUUAAAGUGCUUAUGCUGGAGUUUGGUGCAAUUGACUUAGGCUUUUCAGGAAAAACAAAUCCAGAAGAUACCUUUGCCCACAAACCUUUCAGAUUUGAAGCAAUGUGGAUUAGAGAUGAUAGAUGCGCCGCAGUGGUAGAAAAGGCGUGGAAUGAAGAAGUCAGAGGAUCAGAUUUUGUCAAGUUGUAUAAAAAACAAGCUGGCACUAGAGACGCUCUCCGCAAGUGGAACAAAGAAGUUUUUGGCAACUGCCAAUCUAGAAUUAACUUGCUGCUUCAAAAAAUCAAAGACAUCCAAAGCAAUAAUGACUCUGCGGAUAAUGGAUUUUCUGAAGCUACUUUGCAAUCUGAGCUAUCUGAGUGGCUCCUUAGAAGCGAGAUUUUGUGGCGAAGACAUAAUCAUAUUGAUGCAGUUAAAGGAGAGAAUGGAAAUUGGGUCACAGGGUCCAACAGAAUCCGCGAGAAGUUUUUGCAGCAUUUCAAGGAGUUAUACAAAGAAGAAGAGGUCUCCUUCCCUGACCACCUAGACAAUCUUAUCAGGCCAUGUAUCACAGAUGAUGAGAAUUCCAACCUGUGCUGCACUCCCACACUAGAAGAGAUCAGAUUAACACUGUUCAAUAUGCAAGACCUUAAAGCGCCUGGUCCUAACGGUUUCCCUGUUCUUUUCUAUAAGGAAUACUGGCCAACUGUAGGGAAUGAUGUUAUCAAAGCAGUCACCUGCUUCUUCAACUUCGGUAGUAUGCCAAAAGAGGUAAACAACUCUCUCAUUAUCCUUAUCCCAAAGAUUUCUAACCCAUCAUCUAUGGAUCAUUACAGGCCCAUAAGCUUAUGCAACGUCAUAUAUAAAAUCAUAUCCAAGCUUUUGGUAAACAAGAUACGACCUCUUCUUCACAAGAUCAUCUCUCCAUGUCAAUCAGCUUUUGUCCCUGAUCGUUGGAUCGCCGAAAAUCAAGUAAUUGUCCAAGAGAUGCUGCAUAGCUUCAAGACCAGGAAAGUAAAAACUGGUCUUAUGGCCAUUAAAUUAGACCUCCAAAAAGCCUACGACAAGGUCAACUGGAAGUUCAUCCAAUUUGUCCUUCGUCGCUUCGGGUUCAGGGAUAUUUUCAUCAGUUGGAUCACAGCAUGUCUCUCAUCUGUGUCUUUUGAAGUCAUCGUAAAUGGGGGCAAAUCAGAGCAAUUCAAAUCAAGUAGAGGGUUGCGUCAAGGGGACCCUUUAUCAUCAUAUCUUUUCAUCUUGGGCCAAGAGGUUUUAUCCAGAAUUCUAGAUCAUGAGCUUGCAGUCAAUAACAUAAGCGGGUUCAAAGCUAGCAUAAGAAGCCCAGCAAUCACCCAUGUCAUGUAUGCGGAUGAUAUAAUGCUUUUUGCGAAGGUGAACAGGAAGGAGGCAGUAAAUAUUAAUCAGUGUAUUGAAAAAUACUGCUCCUGGUCAGGUCAACAGCUAAAUAGGGGAAAAUCCGGUGUGUUUUUCUCAAAAAACACCCCAUCUCAAAGCCGCAGGCUGGUUAAAAGCGUGCUCCAUAUGAAAAGUCUGAAGAAGGAUGCAAUAUAUUUAGGAGCCCCUCUGCAUCUGUCUAAUUCCCCCUCCAAGGACUUCAAGUUCCUUCUUGAUAAACUUGAAUCAAAGCUUUCUGGAUGGAGGAGUAAGUGCUUUUCAUGGGCAGGUAGGAGCACUCUCAUCAAAUCGGUUGCCCAAGCUAUCCCCAACUACACUCUGUCUUCUUUUAAUGUGCCUAACAUAAUAUGUGAUAAAAUGGAUGCUAUAACCAGAAGAUUUUGGUGGAAGCCUAAGGAGAAAGAAGGGAAGUAUCUAGCUUGGAAAGCUUGGGAUAAAUUGUGCCAACCCAUCACGAAUGGUGGUUUAGGAUUCAUAAAGGCAAAGGAUUUCAACACUGUGUUACUUGCUAAACUCGCAUGGAUGAUAGCAUCUAAAAGAGACAGCUUAUGCAUGCAGAUUCUUCGAUCCAAGUACAAAGUCAAAUCUGAUUGGCUGCAUAAAAAUCCAUCUAAUAUGGCCUCUCCUAUUUGGAAGGCGAUUGAAAACGCCAAGAAAGUUGUCAUUAAGGGUGCUUGCUAUCUCAUAGGCGAUGGAGCCUCUAUUAACAUAUGGAUGGACCUGUGGGUCCCUUGGAUUCAAAACUUCAAGCCCAAGCCGAGAGUACAAUCCUUCAUCCAACUCCCCAUUAUGGCUUAUCAGCUUAUCAACCAUGAGAGACAUGCUUGGAAGGAAUCCAUGAUUAGAGAGCUCUUUGACCCUGUUGAUGUCCCAGCCAUUCUUUCCAUUCCCCUCCCUAUGAGGCACAGAGAAGAUAAAUUCAUUUGGAUCCCAAAUUCCAAGGGAGUGUUCACUAUGAAAUUUGCCUAUCAUUCUAUCACCAACCAAUACCUCUCCAACCCCCCAUCCGCCCCAUGGAAAAAGAUUUGGAAUCUUAAUGCUCCUGAACGUUUGAAAAUGUUCCUUUGGAGAAUUGGGGUAAAUGUCCUCCCUACUAGAGAAAAUCUGCUGAAGAGAUUUGAAGAAGUAGAUUCCUCAUGUGUUCAUUGCGGUGCAGAUCCUGAAUCAGCCACUCAUGUUUUCUUCACUUGUACUGUAGCAAGAGCCUUAUGGCAUUUGACUUGCUGGGGCUUUAGAGCAGAUGAAGCCCAUAUCCAAUCUUCUGAAGACAUCAUCAAGCUAGUUCUUGAACCUCCAGCAUCCAUUUGCCCAAACAAUGAAUCAUGGAGAGCCUCCCUCAACAUGGCUCUCACGCUAGAUGGAAUAUGGAAUCUACAUAACCAGGUUCUUUUUCAUGAAGAUAAAGCUGAUAUACAAGCGGCUACACAACAAAUUCACUUUAGACUUAUGGAGUUUUCAAGGAUAGCAGCCCCCAAUACCUACACCACACCUCCGCCCUCCCUAUUGAGUUGGACCCCCCCGCCAUUCAACUGCAUUAAGAUCAAUGUUGACGCUGCACAUUAUGAUCUCAAAGCUUCCAUAGCUGCCAUGGCUCGCAACCAUGAUGGAGUUGUCAUCAAAGUUUGGGCAAAAUCUAUCCCCUUGUGCUCACCUAUUCAAGCUGAAGCCACAACUAUCCUUUGGGCUGCUCAAUUAGCCAUUUCUGAGACCUGGACUAACAUCCUUAUUGAAGGAGAUGCGAAGCUUUGUUUUGAUGCGCUCUCGUCUACACCCUCUUCUGCAAAUUGGUCCAUCAUGAAUAUCAUUGAUAACAUCAAGAGUUUGACCCCUUCCUUUGUUAGCUGCACUUUCUUGUGGGUGAGAAGAAUUUGUAACAUCCCAGCACAUACUGCUGCUAAGUUAGCUCUAGCUACUGUUUUUUCCUUUUGUUUUAGUUCAAACAAUCUGCCUCCGCCCUUAAGGCUUGUUUGUAUGGCAGAUUGUCCUCUUGUUUCCUAG